AUGUCAUUGCUUCGUCGUAAUUUGAUUGGUACUCGGUACAAAGCCUUGACCUCACGUGGAUUUUCAACGACCACCAACACGCCUAUCAUUAAUUCACACAAUGAAUGGGACCCACUUGAAGAAGUGAUCGUUGGCCGCAUUGAGGGUGCAACAAUCCCAGAAUGGCAUGUGUCUGGCAAAGCUGUAUGGCCCCAAAAGUAUUGGGACAUGUACAAGACCAAAGCCGGUCAAUCUUUUCCAACGGAGCUUAUGAAAGGAGCUGCAAAAGAGCUUGAUUAUCUAGCUGAAGUACUCGAGGGUGAGGGCAUUAUCGUUCGUCGUCCUGAGGCGAGUGAUAACGACUUUAACAUGGAAGUAAAGACGCCUGAUUUCACGAGUCGCUCGCAGCUUUAUGCAGCCAUGCCCCGCGACGUGCUCAUUGUCGUUGGCAAUGAAAUCAUUGAGGCUCCUAUGGCUUGGCGUUCACGAUACUUUGAAUUCCGUCCGUACCGCAAACUCAUUAAGGAAUAUUUUCAACAAGGCGGUAAAUGGACAGCUGCACCUAAACCUCAGAUGAGUGAUGAUUUAUACAAUGACGAUUGGAAAGCUGAGAGUGGUGUCUUCAAUUCGGUCGUGACAGAAUUCGAGCCAACAUUUGACGCUGCUGAGUUUACGCGCAUGGGCCGCGAUAUCUUCACGCAACAGAGUCAAGUCACCAACAUGUUUGGGAUUGAGUGGGUACGUCGUCACUUAGGAGACGAUUACAGAGUCCAUGUGCUAGAUUUUCAAGAUCGCAACGCUAUGCACAUUGAUGGAACGUUUGUUCCGUUGAUGCCUGGCAAGCUCUUGGCAAAUCCAUUCCGUCCAUGUAUUACUGGAAGACCCGUGAAAACUUAUUCGUACAAGAAUAAGGAUUACCAAUACCAUCUGCCAGAAAUGUUUAAAGGGUGGGAAGUGUUUGUAGCUCCCGAACCAGAACUGUCUUCAGAUCAUCCGCUUUACUUUACUAGUCCGUGGACUGCAACGUGCAAUGUGUUAGUGGUACGACCGGGCACUGUCAUCGUGGAGGCUCAUGAGAAAAAAGCCCAGCAGUGCUUUAAGGAUUGGGGAUUUCAAGUCAUUCCUGUGCCAUUCCGCAACUUCAUGCCCUUUGGUGGAUCAUUUCAUUGUGCUACUUGUGAUGUACGUCGCACUGGUACGUUGCAAUCCUACUUUGACUAA